AUGGACAAAGACGUAGCAGUGAUAGGCGGAGGAAGCUGGGGGACCACAAUAGCAAAACUGAUCGCUGAAAAUAAGCAGAAAAAAGGGGAAAAUGGAGCAGUGAGAAUGUGGAUAUACGAAGAGACGGUUAAUGGCAAGAAAUUGACAAGUAUAAUAAAUGAUGAACACGAAAAUGUAAAAUAUCUCCCAGAAGUCAAGCUGCCCUCUAACCUUGUGGCGUAUCCAGAGAUCAAACAAGCCAUAGAGGGCGUGGAUGUGAUAGCUCUGGCUGUGCCGCACGAGUUUUUAGAUGGAAUUCUGCAGCAAAUAAAGAGAAACAUAUCAGACAAAGCAAUUUUAGUAAUUCUCACAAAGGGAUUCUUCUUCAGAAAAGACAAGAUAGAGCUCAUCUCGCAGAGUAUAAAGAACUACAUGAAUGUCCGUGUGUGCACGCUGAUGGGAGCGAACAUUGCAGGAGAUGUAGCCAGCGGAAAACUAAGCGAGUGCACCCUGGGAUACCAGGAUGAAGGCGCCAUAGAUGAAGUGCUUGCAGUGUUCAGCUCGGAAAACUUUAAAGUAAGCCCAGUGCUCGACUACGGAAGCGUUGAAGUGUGUGGUACACUGAAAAACGUGGUGGCUGUUGGAUACGGAAUAGUAUCAGGGCAUGGACACGGCGUAAACACUCUGGCUGCAGUUAUCCGAAAUGGGCUGCUUGAGAUCGUCAGGUUCUGCGAUGAGUUUAUUGCACAAAACAGCACAUCUGCUGCAAUUCCCGUCGUAUUCUUUGAGUCUUGCGGACUGGCUGAUUUAAUCGUCACCUGCACCUCAGGAAGAAACUACAAAUACUCAAAGAUGGCGGCUGAAAAAAAGAUCUCCAUACCCACUGUAGAAAAAGAAGAAAUGAACGGACAAAAGUUGCAGGGCUACUCCACAAUAAAAGAGCUUAUUGUGUUCAUGGAGUCAAAAAAAAUAGAGAAGAAGUACCCCUUCCUCUACGCGAUAGGAACAUCAGCUACAACCGAUAUGUCAGCUGAUAGAAUUCUCAAAGUGAUACAAGAAAAAUAG